AAAAAGAAAAGAAAAGAAAAAAAGGGUGAGAGCCAUGGCUCGUAGAGAGAGAGAGAGAGAGGGAGAGAGAAGGGGAGGGGAAAUUUGUGUGAGAUAGAAGAGAGAAAUCUGAAAUCCGCAGGGAACACGUCAGCAGAAAAGAAGGCGGAUUUGAAAACAAAAAUGAUAUGAAUUUUAGUACGGACAUGAAAAAAACAGAAAAAUGCUAAAGAGGAAGCGCAGCGCAAAACAGAAAGAAAAUAGAAAUAGCGCGAUGCCUGUACACUUGCCGAGAAUGGCAAUAUAAAUUCCGCUUUGUUCAUCCUCAUCCUCAUCCUUUUCCUUUUUACCCAUAGAACCCUUCAUACCCAUUCCGGAAGAACCAUUAGCUUUUUACAUUUUCAUUUUCUUCUUCAACAGGAAAGUGGGCUGGUUGGGGUUGGAUUUUGGAGAGACACUCUGAGUCUGGGAGUCUGAGAGUCUGAGGGGGGAGGGGAGAGAAAUGGUAGUAGUUCCAUCGCCAAAAUGCAAGGGUGGGACUCAGAGUUCCAUACCCACUGCCACCGAGCUCACUGCUCAAAUGGACUCCCCAGACCCACAUUUGCCCCACUCUCACUCUCACUCCCAAAACAGCAGCAGCAGCCCCAGAGUGAAGAUCAAGUACCGCAAGAGAAGUGCUGCCGAGGCCGAACAGACACCUCCAACACCACCACCACCACCACCGGAGGAAAACGAAAUGAUGUCUUCUCGCCGGAGAUUCAGUGCUCGCAUUAAGGCCAAGGAGAGAGUUGAGAAGGAACUCCUUGUGCGUCGUAGAGUAGAGCUGCUUGGUGCUGACCACGAAGAAGAAAACGGAGGACGGAUUAGGAAGAGAGCAGGUAUUAGAAAUUCUUCUUCUUCUGCCGGAAAUAGGGAUAAACAACAACUUGUAGAACCCAAAAUUUUGGGUUUGGAGAAGGAGAAGGAGAUGCCGGAGCAAAAUAAGCCCAGAACCAAUGCUACUUCGGAAGGUCAACAAAUCUCGAAACCAAAGAGUGACCAUGCCAAGGUCAAGGAGACUUUGAGGUUAUUCAACAAGUACUAUCUUCAAUGCGUACAGGAAGAGGAGAAAAGGUGCAGAAGAGAGGAGGCUGACAAAAAGGCCGCUAAAGGUCCUAAAUCUAAGAAAGGAGCGUUAUUUGAAGCUACCAAACACAAAGCCAAGCGACCCGAUUUGAAGGCAAUAUCCAAGAUGUUAGAGGCCAGAGAAACUUUGUAUCCUGAAAAAAGAUUUGGCAACAUUCCAGGUAUUGAUGUUGGGCAUCAGUUCUAUUCCCGAGCAGAAAUGGUUGUUGUUGGUUUCCAUAGCCACUGGUUGAAUGGAAUUGAUUAUAUGGGGAUGUCCUACAGUAAGGGGGAGUACAGUAACUAUACAUUCCCACUUGCAGUGUCUAUUGUUUUGUCUGGCAUGUACGAGGAUGACUUGGAUAAUGCCGAUAAUAUUGUAUAUACUGGUCAAGGUGGACAGAAUUUGACAGGUAAUAAGCGUCAAAUUCGGGAUCAAAAGCUGGAGCGUGGUAAUUUGGCACUUAAGAACUGUUUAGAACAAUGUGUGCCUGUUAGAGUAGUUCGAGGCCAUGAAUCUGCAAGUAGUUACUGUGGCAAAGUUUACACUUAUGAUGGCUUGUACAAGGUUGUUCAGUAUUGGGCAGAGAAGGGAAUUUCUGGAUUUACUGUUUUCAAAUAUCGCCUAAAGCGGCUUGAAGGGCAGCCAGUGUUAACCACCAACCAGGUUCAAUUUAUCUAUGGACGUGUUCCUCAGACUAUCUCAGAAAUACGCGGGUUGGUUUGUGAGGACAUCACUGGGGGUCUAGAGGAUGUGCCCAUUCCAGCUACAAAUUUAGUUGAUGAUCCACCUGUUGCACCGACAGGUUACACAUAUUGCAAGUAUAUUAAGGUUGCAAAGAAUGUGAAGCUACCUCCCAAUGCAAUAGGAUGCAACUGUAAGGGAAGUUGUGUGGAUCCCAAGACUUGCUCAUGUGCUAUGCUCAAUGGGUCAGACUUCCCAUAUGUGCACCGUGAUGGAGGCAGAUUAAUUGAAGCAAAGGAUGUAGUUUUUGAAUGUGGUCCAUCCUGUGGUUGUGGUCCUUCUUGUGUCAACCGUACCUCUCAGAGAGUGCUGAAGUACCGACUUGAGGUUUUUCGUACUCCUGCAAAAGGAUGGGCUGUCAGGUCAUGGGAUUUUAUUCCUUCUGGGGCUCCAGUUUGUGAGUACAUAGGGAUACUUAGAAGGACAGAAGAUGUAGAUGCUAUAUCUGGAAAUGAUUAUAUUUUUGACAUCGAUUGCUUGCAGACAAUGAAAGGUCUUGGUGGAAGAGAGAAGCGAUCUCGUGACGUAUCCAUACUGGCAAUUAACUCAUUGGACAAGCCUGAUGAUCAGAGAUCUGAAAGUGUACCAGAGUUUUGCAUUGAUGCAGGUUCGGUUGGAAAUGUAGCCAGGUUUAUUAACCACAGCUGUGGGCCUAAUCUGUUUGUCCAGUGUGUCUUGAGCUCACACCAUGACAUCAAACUUGCUCGGAUAAUGCUUUUUGCAGCUGACAACAUACCUCCUUUACAGGAGCUUACUUAUGAUUAUGGCUAUGCCCUCGAUAGCGUCUUGAGUCCAGAUGGGAAGGUAAGAAAGAUGCCCUGCUACUGCGGUGCAGCAGAUUGUAGGAAACGCUUAUUCUAAGUGAUGAAGCUAGAAUGUUUAUGUUCGUUCCAAUGAACCUUUUUUGCUUGCACCAGCUGAUUACACGUUUGACUGUUGUAUUUAAAGCUUUUGUGGUGCCAAGACUUGUCCUGCCUUUCCCUUCUUUAUGGGGAAUUUCCAUAUGCGUACACACACGUCGGCAUAGGUUGAUAUUAAUGAAGUAAAAGAAAUCAAUAGAGAAAUGUUUGAUAGCAACAGGUUGCUUCAUAAUCGACAUUAUUUCUAGUAUUAUUAAUAUUUUAAUGCCUCUUAAGUGGUUCAUCUUUUGAUA